AAUAUAGAUAAGAGAAUGGCAAACUCCUUUGUAUCAAAGACGUUCACUGCACUUGCAGAUCUGUAUCCAAAUAUGGCUAAUCUGAAAAUAAUUGGUAUAGUUAUUGGGAAAACAGAUGUCAGAGGCUUUCCAGACAGAAAAAAUGCUGGAUCAGAGAGGUACACCUUCAGUUUUACCAUUCGGGACUCCCCAGCACAUUUUGUAAAUGCAGCAUCCUGGGGCAGUGAAGGCUAUAUCAGAUCCCUUUCUGACAGCUUUAGGAUUGGAGAGUGCGUGAUAAUUGAAAAUCCUCUGAUCCAAAGAAAGGAAUUAGAAAGAGAAGAAAAAUUCAGCCCAGCAACUCCUGGCAGCUGUAAACUAUUGCUCAGUGAGAAUCACUCCACUGUAAAAGUUUGUUCCAGUUGUGAAGUGGACACCAAGCUCCUUGCUCUGAUAUACUUACCUAUUAAAGAGUCUCGUGAUUACUAUUCACUGGGUGACAUUGUUGCGAAUGGACACAGUCUAGAUGGGAGGAUUAUUAACGUGCUUGCAGCUGUGAAGUCGGUUGGAGAGCCAAAGUACUUUACAACUUCAGACCGAAGAAAAGGCCAGAGGUGUGAGGUGAAACUCUAUGACGAGACGGAGUCUUCCUUUACAAUGAUAUGCUGGGAUAAUGAAUCUAUUCUAGUUGCCCAAAGCUGGAUGCCACGAGAAACAGUAAUAUUUGCCUCAGACGUAAGAAUAAAUUUUGACAAAUUUCGGAACUGCAUGACAGCAACGGUCAUCUCAAAAACCAUUAUUACAACUAAUCCAGAUACACCAGAAGCUAACAUCCUGUUGAAUUUUAUAAGAGAAAAUAAAGAAACAAAUCCUCUGGAUGGUGAAAUCGACAAUUAUUUGAAAGAAUCCAUAAAUUUAAAUGCAAUAGUCGAUGUCUAUACAGUUGAACAAUUAAAGGUAAAAGCUUUGAAGAAUGAAGGGAGAGCUGACCCUUUCUACGGCAUUCUUUACGCUCAUAUCUCUACACUGAACAUCGAUGGUGCAACCACAACUGUAGUUCGACACCGAUGCUCGGGCUGUGGAUACAUUAUGAAGGAAGCGGCUGGCACCUGCAUUACUUGCAACAGAGAUUCUUUGGAAUUUAAAUCUGUUUUUCUCAGCUUCCACUUGCUAAUUGAUGUCACUGACCACACAGGCACCCUCCACUCCUGCAGCCUCACGGGAGGAGUCGCUGAGGAGACUUUAGGCUGCACGGUAAAUGAGUUUCUUACGAUGACGGAUGCACAGAAAACUGCACUGAAGUGGCAACUUCUUCUGGAGAGAAGCAAAAUUUAUUUAAAAUUUUUUUUAUCACAUCGAGCAAGGGGUGGACUGAGAAUUAGCGUGCUCUCCUGUAAGCUAGCAGACCCUAUUGAGGCAAGUAGGAACUUGACCAGGCGAGGAAAUACUUAAAACAAGAUAGCUUAAAGUCUGGACAAGGAAACGAGCUUCAGCUCCCUUGAAAGUGGAAAACGUGUUUGAAGAUUAUGGAUGAAAUUGUGUUUUGUUUAAAUGUGGUAAAAAUGUUCCUAUACAUUGUUAUUAUGCUUCCUUCUGGAGUUGGUUAAGGGGGGGGUAAGUCUUAAAUUCUCUCCUACCACCCAGCUCCUUUGUCAGAGGCCUUUUCUACCAGCUUUGCCCAAGUUGGAAGAUGUUUCCAUGAAUUAAUAAACAAGUUUAAUCUUCCCA